UACUGUUUAGAAUGAUAGUAUUUACUGAUCACUUUAUCAUUAAAUUACUUGUUCUCAAUUAAUAUAGUUCAUUUUUUUACGUGUAUGCCUAUGCUGGGGAUUUUCCAUAUGGGAAUCCCGGUAAUAUUUUUCUACAUGGAUAAUUUCCUAUGGAGUGUCAUACAAUCUUAGGUGAAUUUUUCUAAUAUGGCAGCCAGUUUCAGAUCAAUGUGAUUCCCAAAAAGAAAUAUAUAUUAGAUUUUCCGAUGAUGUCGAUUUUUACAUAUUUCAUCUUCAAUUUAAGACCUUGAAGUCUAAUAUCAUUAUUCAUAAAACUGAAUCUUGUAACAGAAAGCGGAUAAACAAUAAAUAAUUACUCGUGUGUAGAUAAUAAAAAAAUAUCUAGACAAAAGUUGUAGUCUAUAAAAUUAUACGUUUGAUAUAUCAGCCGUGAGAAUAAUUCCAAGUUCGAAAAGUUUCAGAUCUCAAAAAAUGAUUAAAAAUGAAUAUUUAUGAGCGUUAUAAUAAUGUGUGAUUUUAAUAUCUGCAAUUUGUAUUACUUCGGUUCUUAUUUUUUUUCAUCAUUUUCCAUCGCAUUAUCAAGUAAAAAAAAUAUAUCGCGUUACUAAUUUCAAAAACACUCAUAUUUUUAUAAGCAUUUUUGGCCUAGAGGCAAAAGCGUAUAAUUUUUUUUUUUAUUACAAAUUUUUGAACGCAAAAAUUUGAUGCCCGUAAUUAUGAUUUUGUAAUGAAAUAAAAUUCGUCUAUUUUUGGUACACAAAAUUCUUGUCCCGUUAAAAAAAAAUUUUGAAUCACGUCUGUAAAUUUAAAAGAGAAAAAAUUAUAUUUUAUAUUUGAAAUAUUUUUUUCGAGUCAAAAAUAUCAAUCUUGCAAAAGUAAAUUUUUUUUUACCUGAACGUUAAUAAAAAAUAUAUAUGUUGCCUUCAGAAUCAGAGCUAUUUCUUGAACCGAAUGUAAACACAAUUAAUUUAAAUGAAGACAGAUUUCCUAAUCUAAAACCGACGAUAAUAAAGGAUAUGAAAGAAGACAAAGGAUAUUAUUUACGAAAUACACAAGUGGAAUUCGAAUGUCAAGCUUAUGGGUAUCCAUUGCCAAAACUACAUUGGAAUUAUAUAGACAACAAUUAUAAUCCAGUCCACAACCCAGCCGGGAAUAAGAUUUUUACUAAUUCGGGAACUGAGUAUACUAAAACACAUAUAAGAUCUAUUGUUAAGCUGACGAUAGGGUCUUCUGCAAAUCUUACUUGCCAGGCAUGUAAUGAUUUCGGUUGUGACAAUGCCAUUAUUCAAACUAUAUAUACUAUGGAUGUACCUGACGGAUUUUACAUGAUAAGGCCAAUUUAUGACGUAAAAGUCGGCGAUACAUUAAAACUAUUUUGCUAUGCGUCGAUUUAUAAUUAUACUGAUAUUAUUCAGUGGUUCAAUGGCACAGGAAGUAAAUAUAUCAUUGACGACACAGGAAGAGUGACAAUCAGUAGGACAGUAGUGAAAAAGGCUUCAUUUGUCUCAGAGUUAACCAUUAAUCGAAUAAAUAAAUGGGAUGCUAACUUUUAUUCAUGUGCAGCGAGAACUAAAGAUGGCUUAUAUCGAUAUCAUAAUUAUAAACUUGUUCUUUCAGAUGAUGUAAUAUACUCAUAUCCAUGGACUAAUACAUUUUACGAAUUAUUGUUAUCAUUAUUUUGUGUAUUUCUUAUUAUACAAUUUUCUAUUCUCUCGGUUCAUUUCUUACUUAAAAUUUGGUCUGAUGAAUUCUAACGAUAGUUCCAUAAUAUGUUACGCCAUUUUCUUAUGUUAAAUAAUUUUAAUUAGCCUCUACUAGAUUCAUAUACUCGUAUCAAUAGACGAUAUAGAGAUCCAGAUACCUCGGAUUUUAUAGAAACUCAGAUUCUUAUGUGAAUUUCCCGCAAUGAAAUCCAUAUAUUCAAGUUUCUAAGUAGGAAUCCAGGUAUCCACAAUUUCCUAUGUCGGUUUCCUACAUGGGAAUCCAGGUACUCAGUUUCCUGUGUGGAUUUUCCAUAUGGAAAUCCCGAUAUACAUGAAUUCCCAUAUUGCCCUGCUUAAAAAAUCCGAUAGAUUCUUAUAGCUGUAUGUAUGAGGCCCUAUACUUUAGCACUUUUCAUAGAACUCAUUCAUUCUUAUAAAAUCUACGGGAACCCGAGUCAAAAAAAAAAUUCUAGUUUAGUCCUCAAAAGCCUCAAUUCCUUUUGAUGUUUUAUUUGCCGCUCAAAAAGUGACUCUACUUUAGUACUAAAAAUCCUCAAUGAGAACUAUGAGGUCUAAAUGCGAAUAAUUUUAUCGAUUUUAAAUUAUAAGUGGGAGAGAAUACGUUGAAAGAGGUUCAAAUGCGGAUGAAAUUAUUCCUGUAUGUUUUGAGUGUUUUGAGGCUCUAAUCCAAAUUAUGUUAUUCUAGUUUAAUCCUUAAAGUGAUAAAAUUGGUCGUAACUACUACUUUGAGGGCUACACGAGGAUAACUUUCUAUACUGUUGUCAAUCUUAAAAUUCUAAAUUGAUCCUCGAAAACCUCAUUGAGAACUUUGAGACUUAAAUCCGAAUUUGUUUUUUGACUCGGGAAUUUAUGAGAAUCUAUUAGAUUCUAUGAGACUUUCUAAACAGGGGAAUCACAGUUUUCUGUGUGGAUAUCCUACAUAGGAAUCCAGGUAUCCAGUUUCCUAAGUAAAGUUUAUGCAUGAAAAUCCAGAUACUCAGUUUCCUAUGUGGAUUUCCCAAAUGGGAAUCAUACCCAUGAUUUCCUACAUGGAUUCGUAUAGAAAUUUAUAUACUCCUAUAUUAAUUCCUAUGGAUUCUUAAAUAAACUCAUACUUUCCUAUAUGGAUUCCCAUGCAAUCCCACAUAAAUUUUUUUGUACAGAUUAUUUACAAUAAAGAUCACUAGGUUAAUUUAUAAAAAAUCAAAUAAAAAAUUU